AUGAGGUUCCGAAGAGUGAGAGGCAAUGUGGUUCAGGCCGGCGAUGGCAAUGACGACGGAUCAGUGACACAGACGAGCGGCGUCGCUACUAUCCUUCGUCGAGUACUUGAGGAGAAUCCUCCCGACGCUGCCGACGCUGACAAACGUAAUCUACCAUUCCAGCCUCGCUCAUACCGCGACUUCAUGCUUUUCGAACGUCACUACUAUGGCGCCGCAGUGGGCAUGACAAGCCUCUACUCUCCGCUGGCGAAUAAACUAGGCAACCUGUUUUCUACGAUCACCGGAGCUGAUUUCCCCUUCUUCAAGCCUCAUGCUCUCUGGUAUAAGCAGCCUAUCUUCUAUCAAUCCAAUCACUUGGCAUUUUAUUCAGACGGCGCUUCCAUCACAUACCCAAGCUACUGUGAAUACCUAGAUGUUGAACUGGAGCUUGGAAUCCUUCUUGGCAAACCCCUCUACAACGCGUCGCCUAAAGAGGCAACAUCUGCCAUUGCCGGCUUCUGCGUUUUCAAUGAUUUCUCUGUCCGGAACGUACAAAUGGCAGAGAUGUCGAGCGGGUUCGGUCCACAACACAGCAAGGCAUUCGCCAACAGUAUCUCGUCGACUGUCGUUUCGGCUGAUGAUGUCCUGCCUCACAUUGAUCACCUCUCCGGUCGCAUCAUCGUUAAUGAUGUAGUCGUGAAGGAACCCAAGAUUGAUAAAUGGCAGUUCUCGGUAGGACAGGCUCUAUCGCACGUAUCGAAAAGUACUCGUUUGUAUCCAGGUGAGUUCUUUGGAAAUACGGCAUUCCAGGUACGACCAGGUGAUGUGGUUAAGCUAGAAAUUGACGGUAUUGGGUCCGUGACAAACACAAUUGUACCAGAAUCAUGA